GUAGUACGUGAAAUAAGUUCCAACGAGCAGUUAGAAACAAUUAACCCCGGGUUGACCAGAAUGAAGCCACAAGAGAAAAUUGUUAAGUUUGGUGAUUUCAUGGACAUUGCGGUUGUUUUCUAUAAAUCGCUGGGAAUCGACGCAUUAGCUUCACAAGGAAAACGAAACAUUCUGGAGAACAUUUUUCAGGUUUCUAUCUUCGCUCUAGGGACCGGAAAUUUGUGUUUGGCAGUCGUAUUGGAAGUCGUCUAUCUCAUAAAGUCGUUUGGAAUAUUUAAAAAUAUUCUCGAAAUAACAGCACUGCUUCCUUGCACCAUUAUUAGCACUGCAUCGGUGAUUAAAAUCGUGACACUUUGGAGCAAAAACGCCCAACUGACCGCAAUUUUGCAACAACUCCAGGAUAUGUUUCCGCAAACUUUUGCUGAACAAGAAAAAUUUGACAUCGAAUGCUAUCGAAAGCAUAUACGGAGGGUGAUACUCCCUUGCGCUCUAUUGACCAUGAUGACAGGAGUGAUGUUCAAUUGUUAUGAAAUAUUUAAGUCUAUAAUUAAUUACAUUCGCACUGGAAAUUUUGAAAAAACCUAUCCUUAUUUUUUCUGGUACCCUUUUGAUGAUCAGACGAAUUGGGUCUACCCGGUAAUUUAUCUGCAUCAAUUUUAUGCGGGUUAUGUAACUGUGGUUGCUAAUAUAACGGCGGAUUUACUAUUGUGUUGCAUUAUCACUCAACUUCAAAUGCAUUUCGACUUUAUUUUGAGGCAGCUUUUGGAAAUGGUACCCAGAGGGGAGCCAAAUGAUAUGCGUUGUUUGAAACAGUUGAUCCAGCAUCAUAUAAUGAUUUUACGAUUGUCGGACGAAGUUAACGAUGUUUUUGGCAUUCCGAAUCUCUAUACCUUUGUCUUCGCUUCUCCGAUCAUUUGUUUUACUGGAUUUCAAGUAUCGAUUGGCGCUGCCAAUAAUGUUUUCGGAAAAUACAUUCUGUUUCUUAUAUGUCAGUUACUUAUUGUGUUUGCGGUGUGCUACCAUGGAAAUAUCGUGGUUGAUUCGAGCCUUAACGUGGCCGAUGCUGCAUAUGGUCAGGAAUGGUUUCAAGCCAGCAAAGAAUACAAGAAAAUAUUGUUGGUGUUAAUUACCAGAGCAAAUAAUCCUUCUACAUUGACAGCCACGAGUUUCGUAACUGCUUCGUUGAAAACAUUUAGCAGUGUUAUAAGUACUUCAUAUCAGUUCUUUGCAUUGGUGAGGACCAUGUACAGCGAUGGCUGAGUUGGUGAGAACUGGAGGCUUUGUCUUAAAUAAAGUGAAGUGGACCAUUUUAAUUUCAAUUGUUAAAAUAAUUUAGCUGUUAUUGAAUAGAGGAAAGUGAUGAU